AUGCUAGCGAAUCGAUUGAAACUUGUUCUGAAUAGGUGUGUAGCGGAGGAACAGUCAGCGUUUAUUGAAGGGAGGUCCAUUCUUGAUAAUGCUAUGGUGGCUACGGAAAUUAUUCAUGCUUUAAAAAGGAAGACUCGUGGUACCAAUGCUCAUCUAGCUUUAAAGAUCGAUAUCAGUAAAGCCUAUGAUAGAGUUGAUUGGGGUUUUCUGCAUGGUAUUCUUCUGCAUAUGGGUUUCGAUGAGAAUUGGAUUCAUUGGCUUAUGAUGUGUGUGACAUCGGUGCACUAUUUUGCUCAAGCUAAGUACAAUUGGCCGGCAUUUUCACCAAAGAAUUGA